AAGGAAGACCAAGUACUGGGUAGUAGGCAGCAAUGGCACAUGCCUGCCAUCUGUAUCACUAUAAAUACACUGUACCCCACUUGAUACUGUCCUUUUCAAUGGUGAAAAGGCAAAAAACUCAGAGCUCUGAAGAUACUUUUAUAAUCUCUCUCUGUCUCCCUUCAUUUGGUUUCGGUAGUUUUGAGAAAAUCUAGGAGACUAAAACCCUUUAAUCCAUACUCAGAAAACACGCAGAGGACUGUGAGAGAGAUUAAGGAAAAGAUGGCAGAGGAAGGCCAAACGCGUUGUAGCAGUGAAACAGUUAAUAAGCCAAUUCAUAGAGUAUUACUCAUAUCUGCUGGCGCUAGUCAUUCUGUUGCUCUACUCUUCGGAAAUGUUAUUUGCUCUUGGGGAAGGGGAGAAGAUGGGCAGUUAGGCCAUGGGGAUGCUGAAGACCGGCUUUCCCCGACUCAAUUGAGUGCAUUGGAUGGACAAGAAAUAGUAUCUGUAACUUGUGGAGCUGACCAUACAACUGCAUACUCGGAGUCGCAAAUGCAAGUAUAUAGCUGGGGGUGGGGUGAUUUUGGGAGGUUGGGUCAUGGGAACUCCAGUGACUUGUUUUCUCCUCAGCCAAUCAAAGCAUUACAGGGUCUACGGAUAAAACAAAUUGCUUGUGGGGACAGCCAUUGUUUGGCUGUGACCAUGGAAGGUGAAGUGCAGAGUUGGGGGCGUAAUCAAAAUGGUCAACUUGGCCUUGGGACAACAGAGGAUUCUCUCGUGCCUCGGGAGAUUGAAGCUUUCAAGGGAGUAUCUAUCAAAAUGGUCGCUGCUGGUGCUGAACAUACAGCUGUAGUAACAGAAGAUGGUGAGCUUUAUGGCUGGGGGUGGGGUCGAUAUGGAAAUCUAGGAUUAGGUGAUAGAAAUGACCGCUUGAUUCCCGAGAAAGUUUCAACUGUCGAGGGAGAAAAGAUGGUUCUGGUGGCAUGUGGAUGGCGGCAUACAAUAUCUGUUUCCACUAUGGGUAGUUUGUAUACUUAUGGGUGGAGCAAAUACGGUCAACUAGGACAUGGAGAUUUUGAAGACCACCUAAUCCCUCAUAAACUACAAUCUUUGCGUGAAAAAUGUAUAUCUAAGAUAUCUGGUGGUUGGAGACAUACCAUGGCAGUGACAACCGACGGAGAACUUUAUGGUUGGGGCUGGAAUAAGUUUGGACAAGUUGGUGUUGGCGACAACGUUGAUCAUUGUUUGCCUGUACAAGUCAAAUUUCCACAUGAUCAGAAAGUAGUUCAUAUCUCUUGUGGUUGGAGGCAUACACUCGCUGUCACUGAAAUGCAGAAUGUGUUUUCGUGGGGGAGGGGAACAAACGGUCAGCUUGGCCAUGGGGAUACUCUUGACAGAAAUAUCCCAAAGAUCAUAGAGGUACUGAGUAUGGAUGGAUCGAGUGGACAGCAGAUAGAGGUCUCAAAAGGUGACGUAUCGUCAGAAAAAGGUUUGGUCUCACCGUCUGACAGAUAUGCCGUCGUUCCGAAUGAAAAUGUCUCAUUUGGCGGUAAUGCAAACGACAUAAACGUCCCUGGCAGUGAUGUAAAAAGGAUGCGGAUGUGAAUUUCUCGACCUCCAUGAGGUGUAGUGCAUGUCCUUGAUGCCUUUAAACUUGCUUGUAGGUUGCUUGGACAAAAUACUUAUCGUGUAGGUCUUCUGUAGCUGACAGAUACCUAAGUGCGUAUUAUAAUUCCUGCUUACUGUAAUUUCAUGACUUGUAUUGUUGAUGCAAUUUGUUAAUCAUAUCAUACUAAUUAAUCAGUAUAUUAUGUGGGAAUUAUUUGGUGUUGGUAGAUGUUUUCAAGAAAAUCUCA